AUGAAGACUAUCUUUGUUUCGUUUCUCUCGAUGCUGCUCUGCCGGUGCGCUGCAGACGAAUACAGUCCAAUGCGGCGUACUUCGUUGUGGAGUUCAUUUGACAAGCCCCACCAGCGACACGAUCAUCCGCUUCGCCGGGAAGAGAAUUUUCGAAUCACAACCUUUCUGAGCGAAGACGAUCUCUUAUCCUGCCGAGACAAUCUAUUGGCAGCGGAUUUGGACAAAGAUGACCGGCUGACCCCCGAUGAAUACGCUAGCUUUCUUUCCGUACAGAGCUCGGACUCAAUUUCUGUUCCAUUCCGUGACCUACAAGCUCCCUUUAUUCUAAUCUACUACACCGAGGCGUGUGAUACCUGCUUUGAAGUUUCGAAUGAUGACGAGUGCUGUGUAGGUGAAAACGCGAACAUUGGUCUGGGUGACAGAGUGUCACCAGUAGAAGGUGACACUGUGGCUCCAACAAACGGUGCUAGUAGUGCCCCAACCACAGGGCAGCUUGCGACUCCAUCAGUCAGUCCCGUUGCUUCUACGGGCCCUCCAUCCGUCCCAACUGCAGGCCCUGCACCGGGAUCGAUUGCACCAACUCCGAGUGGACGGAUUGCUCCAACCAUGUCGCCUGUUGUCGUAGCGACCGUCACACCAACGGAAAAUCCUGCAAUUGCUACAACACCCAGGCCUUCGCUUGUCGUAGUACAGACCCCCACCCAAGCUCCUGUCGAGGCUCCAACGGGAGACGUGUGCAUCACUUUCGCUUAUGGCCUCACCAACGCGGCGAACUUGACUGCGGAAGAUAUUUUGAACGAAAAUGGUAAUAUGAUUCGGACGGGCCUGGAAGCUGCUACACGCUCCACCACGAUUAAUAUUCUGAACGAGACGUUCCCCCGAGACGGUACCACGAGUCGAGGCUUUCGGCGUCCCCGACCUCGCGAAAAGCGAAAUGGCGGUACCCGUCGAGCCUUAGCGGCUGGCUUACAGGAUGUAUACAGCGCAGUCCGAGUCUCUGAACUACUAGAUAGUCAUUUCGGUGACAGUGGAGCGUCUUUGCUAGGGCGGCACCACCGACGGACCUUAGAAUCACGCCGUCUGGUUUUCUACUCGGACGAUACUCCAGCACAGGUCUUCAAUGCGGUAGAUAAUCCAUUCUGCGGUCCGAACGAUAGUUGCGCGAUUGUGGAUACUCGAGUUUGCGUGUUUCUGGAAGAAGGGGACGAUCCCGCCGCGGUACAGCUGGCAUUGCUGGGUGGCUUUCGGGAAGCCAUCGACUCGGGCGCAUUCCAAGCGGCCAUUCCGCCCGAGUUUCUCCCCACAUCGUAAGCGUCGCUGACGAGACAAUGACGAAUAUCUGAGUCGAUUCGCAUCACGAAACGUGGUGCGCCAACCGUUGAUCUGGUCUCCUAUUGUUGUUCAUAAAACUGUAGUACAUUCACUGUAGCUCUGGUCC